AAGUAGACCGCACUCGGCAAGAUGGCGUCGCUGUCUUUUUCUCAAAAGAAAGCCCUGGCGUUGCUCAUUUUAAGAAGGAGGAGGAGGAGGAGGAGGAGGAGGGGGAGACUUGCUGCAGGAAAAAAGCCGAUGUGGGUUCCUCCCAUUGUCAAGGCUCGUCGGAAUCUCGGAGAGUUUGGGCUUGUUCGUGAGCUACAAUUGGACCAAGACCGCUUUGAGCUAUAUUUCAGGCUAAGCAGAGAGCAGUUUGAAAGCCUCCUGCAGAGAGUUGGCCCAAGUAUCACGAAGAAAACUACAAACUUAAAGCAGCCCAUUUCGCCAACUCAACGUCUGGCCAUUUGUUUGAGAUUCCUGGCAAGCGGAGACUCCUACACCGCCAUUGCCUCCAGUUACCGCUUGGGGAUCUCGACAAUAUCAGGCAUCGCAUCUGAUGUCUGCCGGGAGAUUUGGAACCACCUGAAGGAGGAGUUCCUACCUGCCCCGAAGGCUGCAGAUUGGAGGGAAAUAGCCCAAGGUUUCAGGGAGAGGUGGGACUUCCCCAACUGCUUGGGAGCCUUGGAUGGCAAGCACGUUGUCAUCCAGGCACCAGCAAACUCCGGCUCGCUAUUUUACAACGACAAGGGCACCCGCUCCGUGGUCCUGAUGGCCGUCGUGGAUGCCAGCUACCGCUUCAGGAUGGUGGACGUGGGCGCCUUUGGACGCAGCGGCGAUGAGGGAAUUUUUGCUGCGUCAGCUUUUGGACAGGCUUUGGGGCGGGGCACCCUGGACCUGCCGGAGGAUGCCCCUCUCCCUGGCGCUGCCCACAUGGGCCCCAUGCCUCACACAUUUGUGGCAGAUGAGGCUUUUCCUCUCAGGAAAAAUUUGCUCCUGCCCUACCGCGGAAGAAACCUUUUGAGCUCGGAAAGGAUUUUCAACUUCCGCCUCUCCAGAGCUCGCCGAGUAGUUGAGAACGCCUUUGGGCUCCUCUCUGCCCGGUGGAGGAUUUAUCAUCGCGUGAUUGGAGUGAAACCUGAAAAUGUGGAUUUGAUUGUGAAGGCCACUGUGGCUCUUCACAAUUUUCAGAGGUGGAACUCGGCAGGGCAGGCCGACUUCACGCCGGAAGCCGAGGCGUGCCCUACGCGUGCCCUACGAGAAGUCCCGACUGUCAGCUCCGACCACGCCUGCAAAGAUGCCACUGGCGUCCGGGACAAGUUUGCUACGUACUUCCUGUCUGCUGCCGGUGACGCGUCCUGGCAGAAACAGCUCGUCUGACCGCUUACCUGACCAAACCAUCUCCUUUUGCUGCUUCAAAAAACAAACAAAAACAACGUUCGCCUUUAAGAGCCAGUCAUUUUUUUCUGCAUUUCAAAGUUUUCAAAAAAAGGAACACUGAAUGUAAGUUCAUAACUAAUUUUCAUUCUACAUCAAACUAUAUCUGUGCACAGAGUAAUCUGAAAAAAAAACAAUACUUCCAUUGGCCAAAAUAUUUGAUUGAAAAGGUGUGUAAACUGUGAAGACAAAUUGAGAACAUGCUGAACUAUAGAACCAACAAACAUUGAUUGAAGAGCAACUUAAAAGAAUGACAUAAUGUCUAUGAAAACUCUGUACGGUGAAGCACCUCCAGAAUUUCAAUUUUGGCCUGACUCCUCUUUUUAGGUCACCUUCUGUUGGGUUUAGGAUACAGGUUGCCAUUUCAUUUUUGUAGGUGUCGGGGUGCUACACGUGCCUGCCAAGUUUGGCAUGUAGCGUGUAGGUGUGACGUACCAAGAUAGCUCUCUGAUCAACUGAAAGUAUGGCAGCUGCAGAACGUUCGAAAAAGCUCAAACUGUACUUUUACGGGGUCACAGGUCACUUCCUGUUGGGUUUAGGAUAUGCGUGGCUUUGACGUUUUCGUACAUCUGGGGUUGCUAGACGUAUCUGCCAAACGUAGCGCCAGUAAGACUUGGAUGAAGUUUAAGCAUUUUCGGUUUGAUUCAGUUUUAAGCCACGUCACGUAGUGUGUCAAAAAAAAAAAAAAAAAGCUUUCGAUAAAUUUUAAUGUCCCAGGUCUUAAGAUGGUACAGGCCAACUUUGAAGCGAAAGCUGUAGGAGUAGUUCGCAAAACUAUAAACCUUGCAAAAAUGGAAACAUUUUGCAAAUUGGGCAUUCACUUCCUGUUGUGUUUAGGGUAUGGCUUGUGCGUCUGGGGGUGCUUUACAUGUGUACCAAUUUUCGUGGCCUUAGGUCAAACGUAGCAGCCAACGGGAAACGGCCGAGGUUCCCGCGCUGAAAGGGAAAAGCGUCCCCUCGAUCGGACCGCUGUGCUCGCCCCGUCCCGCCCUCCAAACCGCUCUUACGUGUGACAAGAGACCGGCACGUCCGGCCGUAGCGCCGCGUGCGCGUUGGCGGCAUCCGCGUCACAUUCGGCGAAGAACACACACGACAGCCGCCGCGGAAGCCUCGCUGGCCACGCACUCGGACGGCGCCUGACGAUCACAUGACGCAAGCGCGGUCACGUGACUGACGCGAGCCAACAGGAAGUUGCCGACAGAGAACGUGUGCUGGGGCGGGGCGGCGCUACGUAGACCGUCACGCGGCCGUCCCGGAACUGGAAACAUCGGGUCGCGGCUGCCGACUUUCUGGUCAGAUGGCCCAACGUGAAAAUCGCAGCAGUCCAGCUGAAAGAUCAGACAGGAAGUCACCGGGGUUCCCGCGGAGACAGCAGUGCCGGCCAAAUGCAUCGUGGGAAGUAGACGGCGUCGCCUCGACGAUGACCGGGUUUCGCUCUCGUGAGCCCUCGUAGCCCAACGGGCCGCUAUCCUCCGCGAGGCGGGACCGGGUCAGGUAGCGCUUCCCGCAUGCCCACAAAAAUGCAAAACCAUCAACACACGUCACACUCCACAAUCGCAACACUCGCCAGAAUCGUCAUAUUUGCCAAAAGCAAUAAUCAUCAUAAAGUGGACUCCCCGCUUAUUUUGAGUUUGGCACCCACGGAUUCACCUAU